AUGACCGUUGCCCGCGCCCAACCAAAGUCGCCGUCUCCUGCUCGUGCAGUUCCUCUUCAACCUUUCAGAAACAACAAACGCUGGCCCCCAAUGGCCAACCGAAACGCACUUCCAUAUAAGCUCACGGUCAUUUCCAAAGAGAAACUGGCCCGGGAAGCCACCGCCCCUGACCCCAACCUGCGUCGCUGUGUUGCACACUUCCGCCUGCAUUGUGGCUCCGUCGAAUGGACUGAGAACGAUAUGAAGUCCCGCAUUAGCUCUUUCGAGUUUGAAGAAACCGACGACGAGGACGAACCGGACAGCAUCGACGAGCAAGAAGAUCUCAUGAUGAAGAACACUGUCAUUCGCGUCGUCGAACCCCCUGCUGAGAUUACGCCACCAACAAAAACCAACGCAGACAGUGGUAUGUUGGUUCAGAGCCAGGACUGCAUGGAUUCCAAUAAGAACUUCUGCUGUGUCACGGUCUCUCCCUGUGCUGGCUGA